CACAGCACAUUGGUCAAGUGCCCCUGCGGGCCAUGAACUAUCGGCGGAGUAGGGAGGCAUCAUCCAUUUUUCUGGGAACAAGGAGGUUGAGACAAUGGUUGAUUGGAACCAUAGCCAUAGGUGCUUUCGUGGCAGUUCAGGUCUUUGCAUUUGUCCAGAGAAGCCAAACUGCCCUGAGGGCGCGGAUCCCACCUGAAGCUGACGAGAACCAAGAGUGGCAUCCCCUUCUGAGAAAGGGAAGGCCACCGUCUCCGCUGAAGCUGCCGGCAUCAUUUGAGGCAUUAACUUCCCUCUCGAUCUACACUGCUCCAAGGCUGGAUGCUGAUUUGAUUCCUGGCCGCGUAGUUCAGAAGGGGACACAUUUCUCUGUGGAGGAGGUUGUCUUUCAAGGGAAGCUGCGCGGGCAAGAUGUGAUCUUUCUGAAGCCAAAACGAGCUACAGGCUGGCAACAAUACGCCCCCUGUGAAGGUAUACUACAAAGCUUCGAGAAAUAUGCCAGAUGAUGGGGAGGACUAUGGGCAAGGAGGAUGGUUGUGUGACUUGGGCACCGAGAAGGGGCCCUGGUUCUGCAGGAAACUGGUUAAAAGACUCCGCGUCUGAACUGCAGGAUGUGGAUGCGAAAAA